AUGCAUGGCACGCUCGGUCGCUCCACCUCAGCCCCUUUCCCCCCGGCAGUCCGCUCACCCAACAGUCGCCGCAUGCAAGCCUUCGCCACUGCCCUCACGUCUACCUGCAGCCGGGCAGCAGGGGUGGCUCGGGAUUGGCCCGCGGAGCGUGUGGUCCGGGAGCGAGGAACUCCCCACGCCGGCCCGCCCCCAGUCCCCUCCCCGCGGGCCGCCGGCCCGGCCCCGCGCGCCCCGCCCCCACCCCGGGCGCGAACCGCCUGUGGAAUCGAGGAAUCGCGCGCGAGAGCGCGCCGCGGGCCCGCGAGGGAAAGCCGCCAGGCUUCCCCGGGGAAGGCCUCGGAGCGUGGCGGCGCGGGGGGCGGUGUCAGCGAGGGCUUGGAGCGGGUCCUAAGCAAAAAAAAAAAAAAAAAAAAACUGGGCCACGCACCAAGAGGAAUCCUCGGUGCGAACUCGCUGAUCGGCGGCGUCUGCUGCUUCUGCCGUUGCAGGCGGUGUCACCUCAGGACAGCGCCCGUGUGCCGAGCAAACGCCGCGCGGCCGGCCGGGGUGGUCCGAGGUCACGGCUUAACGCCGGCCGGCGGCCGCACGCGAGCCCACGCGCGGAGCGGAAGGGAGGGCAGCCUCUGGGCUAGGCACGCGGCCUCGUGGUCGCCAGCCCGCGUAUCUCCGGCCGGCGCGACACUAGGCCAGCGCUGGUGGCUCGGAGGUGAAGCCCCGCCGUCUCUGAAGACGGUUAAGGGGGUCUUUACCCUCAAGACUAGGGCUGUCCGCGAGUGAGACUCAAACGCUGAGGUGAAAACAUCCGCGGAAUAUGGAGACCGAACCACACACAGGCCGACCGUAAGGAAACGUCUCGAACACUGAGUGCCCAAAAGACCAACGGUCUGUGCCCCACAGCCUUACCUGCCCCAGCCCCUGCCCAGGCUCGCCAGUCGCUCAGAUCAAUGGAUCGCAGGCCCUGCUGUCGCUCUCUGGGGCAUUCGCACUCGCAGUAACUUUAUCAAGUCUCACGGCAGCUUCUGCGCUAAUUUCCUGGUUCUAACCUAUGGUCUUCAAGGUCCUGUUUUUCAAAUCUGACUGGCUAGCCUCAGGAAAAAACGAAAAGGCUGGAGCCUCUCCCCUCCACCUGCAUGCACAUUGUAUUCUUCCUCCGGUUCCCGGCAGUUCAGCACUCGAGUCACGACCACUGCGUAUUAGUUGCAACAGUCGUGGUGUCUAGAAAGUUCCAAAAAAGCGAGUUAACACCUAUGGGUUCAAAUGGCACAGUGACCACUUCAGACAAGUAAGCAAUGGCUUUCCGAAGCUUCUCACAGUUUCCACAUCUACAAGUUGACUCUGGCCAAAGCUUACGAGGAUUCUAAAGUAACAAAAACCUAGUUUAGAACCAGGCAGGUAACUGGACUCUUUUAUGCGUUGACAUGACUCCCUUACUUAAAAAUAUAUACAUACCUCAUUAUUAGUCUUUUUUUUUUUAAGUUUCUAAAACACGUUCAUUUUACAAUCCGGAAAAAAAUUAACUGCCCGUGUGUCCUAAAUGUUGCACAAAUUGUACAUUGUUUCCAUUUGGUCGGAAUGGUCGAAUGCAUUCUCUUUUACAGUUGGGUUUUGACCACCCAAGUAACUUUAUAGUCGUCUUGCCACAAGGUGAUUUCCAAACCCAUUCUGUUCAUUAUAACCUGCUCACUAGAGGUGUCUGCUUUCUCCACAUCGUUAUGAUUUUAAACAGCUCUGCGUAAAUUUCAUGUCAUGUCUGUCAGACCCAGGCAAUUAUUAAAGAACAAAGGGUUGCAUGUGUGGAUGCCACAGAGGCCAAACGCAUAGGAUUCCCUGGAACUGGAGUCAUUAAAGGUUAUGAACCACCUGUCAUGGAGCCCGGGAAAUAAAGUGUGGUGGUUUGAAGAGCACUUAAAGCCAUCCAAGCAUCUCCCCACUUCCACACCCACUCCCCCCCCCUUUUUUUUUGAGAGUCUCUGUGUAACCCAGACUGUAUCGAGUUCCUACUUUUCUUUGACCACAUUUUAAUUAUUUAUGUGUGGAUGUGAAUGAAUUGGAGAGCAAUCUUCAAAAGUCCGUUCCUUCCCUCCAACACGUGAGUCCUGUGGAGAGAGAACUGAACUCGGAUAAAAUUUGAUGGCAAGCACUUUUAUCCCCUAAACCAUCUCAGAGGCUCCUUGAUAAAGCUUUUGAGCUUAACAUUUUAGUUCUA